CCAUGAGUGGGUCACCCUACAGGGAAAUACAACAGAAGCAAGAGAGGAUCCUACAGGUAGGACGAGGCAGGGACAGCAAGGAGAUGCCAUCUAAGACCAAAGGAAAAGGGAUGAAAGCUGGGUCACAGAAGAAGAAAAAGAAUGUGGGUGCUGAUGUGGAAGCCAAAUCCGCACACAGGCUGGCAGUGCUGGAAAAGGAGUUGCUCCAAGACCACUUGGCUCUGAGGAGGGACGAGGCCCGCCGAGCCAAGGCUUCUGAAGACCAGCUGAGGUGGAGGCUGCGAGUGCUAGAGGCUGAGUUGCAAGAGGCCCGAAGUGAGGGGAAGGCCGUCUAUGCAGAGAUGAGUCGUCAGUGCCAAGUCCUGCGGAAGGAAAUGGAGACCCGCAGCAGGCCGCUGGAAGAAGAAGUGAGGGGCCUUCGGGAGCAGCUGGAGACGUGCCAGAGGGAGGCUGAGGCCGCACGGGAAGGGGCAGAGCAGGCCCUCAGAGAGCGGGACCAGACUCUGGCUCAGCUUCGGGCACACGUGGCAGACAUGGAGGCCAAGUACGAGGAAAUCUUACAUGGCAGCCUGGACCAACUCUUGGCCAAGCUGAGAGCAGUGAAGCCUCAGUGGGAUGGGGCCGUGCUGAGACUUCAUACCAAAUACAAGGAGCGGCUCCGCCAGUUUGGACUCAAUCCCCUGGAUCUGUGAAGCUGUAAGCCUCUAGCCUCUGGGGCUCUGGGAGGCUCCAGCAAUAAAGCUGUCUCCAUGUGGAACUCAGCAGAACUGUGGGCUGUGGCUUUUUGGCAGAGGUGAGGACCUCUUACGGGGCAGCUUGGCUCUGGGCUGACCCAUUACUCCGAAGACUGAACGAGAGGAGAGAAAUUCGGUAAGGUCUCAACUCUCUUUUAGAGAA